UGGACCGUCUCGCGACCGGGGGAUGCGAGCGAGCUGUGUGUGUACAGUACAGUGUGCACUGUAGGGUGUACGUGUAUUUGUGCGGCCAGUGUGAGCAGGACAGACGCUCUUCCCCGCUGACUAUGGACGCUUUGACACAGUACUCGGGGCCGCAGAGGGAGGAGAACUUCCGAGACAUCCUGGAAGAGAGAAGGAAGUCUAGUGACCUGCGACAUGCCGUGAGAACUUUCAACCCCUCGCCAUACAGGGGUGUGCCGCCCUCUUCUGUGAGCGUCCUCAACAGGACUGUGCUGGAGUCCCAGUACCUGCGCUAUGUUAUGAUGCAGAUGGCUAAGGAAAGCAAAGAGCCAUUGGAUGUGAUUCGGGAAGAGGCUGCUGAGAUAUUGGAGGAAAUGUCUCACAACCUGCAGCUGGGCUACAUUCGCUUCUUGUCCUUUAUCCUGAGCAAAGUCUUUAAAAGGCUCUUCCGCAGAAUUGUCGUCAAUGAGAAUGGGCUCCAGAGGCUUCAGCAGGCCAUCCAGGAAACUCCGGUGAUACUGAUGCCCAACCACAGGAGUUAUGUGGACUUCUUAGUGAUCUCUUACAUCCUCUUCACUUACGACAUCCCCAUUCCUGUCAUUGCUGCUGGAAUCCCGCUGAUGGGGAUGACGCUUGUUGGAGAGAUCCUGCGCCGGUCCGGAGCCUUCUUCAUACGCCGUGCAAUUGGGACCAACAAGCUGUACUGGGCUGUUCUCUCGGAGUACAUGAAAACCCUUGUGAGAACAGGAUUUGCACCUAUUGAGUUCUAUGUCGAGGGGCUAAGAAGUCGCACUCUGAAGUCACUGCCGCCUAAGCUUGGGAUGAUGCACAUGGUGUUGGAACCCUUCUUCAAGGGUGAGGUGUACGACAUUAGCCUGAUGCCCAUCACCGUUAGCUAUGACCGGGUGGUGGAGGAAUCCCUUCUUGCCUAUGAGCUGCUGGGUGUCCCCAAACCCAAGGAGUCCACCAUGGGGUUGGUGAAAGCUCGAAAGAUCAUGGAUGAAGACUACGGCACCAUGCAUGUUGUCUUCGGCCAUCCAGUGUCAGUGAGGAACUUAGCCAAGGGGAAGGUUAACCGCAGGCAGUUCAACCUGGUUCCUAGGGAUCUUCCCAUGAGGCCAAGCGAGGACAUACAGGCCUUUGUUAACACUACAGCACAUUUGGUUCUGCAUCUGCUGGAAGAGAACAUGGUACUGAGCCCUUGGAGUCUGAUGGCCACUAUUCUGAUGCAGAACUUGGAGGGCAUGGAGCUGAACGUCCUCACACAGCAGACACUGUGGCUAAAGGGCCUAGUGACGAGUUUUGGGGCUCAUCUGGACUGGCCAGCCCAGGUCCCCAUCAGUGAGGUGGUGUCAUCCAGCAUUUCUCUCCACCACUCUGUGGUGCGCAGCGACGCAGGCCGUGUGGUCCUGGUCGAGGAGCAAGCUCCGGUGGGCGAAGGUCCCGAGGAGGCUGUGUUCAGGCGGGCCGUGACUGUGCUCAUGUGCGCCUCUUACAGGAACCAGGCAAUCCAUGUGUUGGCACAGCCAGCCAUGUUGGCAGUGGCCCUGCACAUAGCAGCCACUUCUGCGAGAGAAAAUAUCUUCAGGAUGUUCAGAUUCCUUCAAGACUUGUUUUACAGUGAGUUCAUCUUCAUCCCAGACAGGGAGGGUCAGGACUUUGAGGAUGCUUGUUCCUUGCUAAAAAACUAUGGAGCUGUCCAGAUCAUCAACCAAGAUAUCACAGUGACCAAGAAUGGAGAGGCCACCAUAUCCUUCCUCAGAGCUAUUCUGGAGCCAUUCAUUGAUGCAUAUCAGGUGGCUUUCAGACACCUCUGUGGAGACACUGCUAAUAGCUUUACAGAAAAGCAGUUCCUGUCCAGCAUCCGCAGUUCUGCCCUGAGUCUUCUUCUGUCAGGGGAGCUCAAAUCCUAUGAUGUCUUUUCAUCAGACACACAAAAAAAUGUUCUGGCCUCUUUAAUAAGGUUAGGUGCCAUGACAAGAUCCAAAAGAGCAGAGCAGUCUUAUUUCAGCACAAACAAAGCCGCCAUCGAGGGAGUUGCAGAUGUACUUGCUGGGAAGAUACCACCUGGAACAGCUUUGUACAGCAGACUUUAAUCUGAAAUGAUGUAAAAGCGACAGAAACUACCUCUUGGGGCGUUCCAUCUGCCUCAUAGGCAUUUUUCUUUUGCCUUUGAGUGUGUUAUGUACUGUGAAGACUGCUGAUGAGCCUCCGUGUGUGUGAAUGUUCAACACUGAGAACAGCAGGACCUGACACUAACACUUGAGCUUUGUCUGCACACACACACAGAAACGCACACAUGCGUGAACAUAGGUGGCUAUUCCAUGUGAGCUACUGCUCAUUCCUCUCCACCCCCUUUCAGCAAAGUCCAGUAGUGUUGCUUUUAUACCGUAAGUUGGAUCAGUUGUAUUAUUUACAGGACAUAUACACAUACCUUCUUUUCCUAUAGUAGCUGUCAGUGUGCUAAAUAACUGGACUUACUGAAGUGUAUCAGGCAGUGUUUUAAAAACACAGUUCAGCUGAUUAGUGCAAUAUAGACAAGGCAUUGUUAAAACCUCAUUUAAUUUACUAAUUGUUUACUAUUUUCUCUACAAUAUUUACUAAUAUAUUAACUAGUAAAAUAUUUCAGCUUCAGUGUUCAGUCCAGUCCAGUCUUUCUCAAGACUGAUUUUUAGAGUUGCAUUGUUUUCAUUUGAUCAGAAUUAAAUGACAAAAUGUAAUAGUUCACAAUGUUAGACAUGAAUGAUAGUGCUUAAUAUCUAGAAAAGAUAUCAAUGUAUCUAUAUAAGAUACACACACACACACUUUCUGAACCGCUUGUCCCAUACGGGGUCGCGGGGAACCAGAGCC